GCAGCGCAGGACUGGAAGAUAUCAAACGUGACUCGUGGAUAAAGCAAAUACUGGGAGAAAUUUGGUUUCUUGUUACUCGGUGGCAGUUUAUCAUACCAUUGUUGUUGAACCUGAGUGGAUCUGUGGUUUAUUAUCAUACACUUGGUCGAGCAGAUUUAUCAUUGGCAGUUCCGAUCACAAACUCGUUAACAUUCAUAUUCACCACCAUUGCGGCCAGUUUACUUGGCGAAGAAGCUGGGAAUAAAGGUAUGACGACCGAGGUGACCGAUGUGCUUUUUUUCUCAGCGCCUAGUGCUAAUUGA